AGUCGAAAACAAAACCAACACGCUCACCACUUAGCUUGCUCGAGGGCUCGGUCGAAUCACUGACGCGCUGUCUGAGUCGACCAUCCAAAGAAUCCAAACCCGUAGCAGAGACACCAGGCAAGAAAUAUGUCCAUACGCCGACCCACGCAGCCGCUUCGCAUCUCAAGACAACCAGGACGAGAAAGAUGGACCGGGCAAAUGAAGUCCUUUGACCAUAUCAAUGGGCAAGACGCGAAAAACCUUAGGCGUCUUUUGUGGAGCACGAUGUUGACGAGGCAGGCUGCACCCUCAAGCACGAGACACCGCCCAACAUAUGUCGGUAAAUGGAGGACGGCGAGUUUUCAAAUUCGUGAUUGGUGGAAAGAUGUGAUCGGGGAGUAUCGGACCCGCUGUAGGGGGGGCAUGGUUCGAUUGGAAGCGGAAACAAGACUGAAGCAGGUGAUGGUGAUGUUAUCCCAACUCUUAGACCCCAAGGCAAUAGAAGACUCGAGGCGCAGUUGCUCAGAUCAAAGGGCGACACUUGUCACCGUCGAGCUGAUUUCCAAAUAAGUAGAGGGGAUGAGCCUCAUGUCGAUCUCUCCGGACCUUGCGUGAAACAGCUUUGCCCCCAAAGCACGUGGGAAUUUGUUGAAGUACCGCUCGAGAUACUGAACCGUACUAGGGAAGUUGUUCAGGCUGACUUCAUUGACACGGGACAACUGUAAAUCGAAACCGUGCCCGCCGAAAGCCGUCGGCGAUGGCUUAUGAGGCCCCUAUUCUCGAAACAAGAGAUAGGACCCGUUGUCCCAUCAACAUGAUGGAAACC